AUGGUAGAGAAGAAUGUCGGUGCCGUCACUGCGCUCGCGCUCUCGUUCGAUCACACGUAUAUCGCAGCCGGGCAUGCCACAGGCCACAUACAGCUGUAUGAUCUGCGCUCACCGAAAGUGCCGGCACGCGUCGUCCCUCCGACUACUCUCGCAGCUGUCGCGUCCGGCAGGCAGGAGGGCCAUUUGGUCGGUUCCCGAAUCGUCAGUAUUGGAUUCAUUGCCGGCCGGCACACCGCGCUCGUCUCAGCAGAUGACAGCGGUCUAGCAUUCUACCACAGUCUGGGGAAGGUUCUCUUCGUAGACGCUACAGAUAUUCUUCGCAUCCUUGGGAAGUAUCCUGACGAAGACGUGCCUGAUGCACCUGCAACGCUCGGUCACAGGUUCCGGCGGCGGAGGUCUCGGAAGCCUGCCACGAUCCUGUCCAUGGCCCCGCUCCCGCUUGGGACGGCGUCGCAUCCCACGGACGCGUACAACCUUAUUGCCCUUCUCACGCCGAUCAAGUUGGUCAUCGUGGGUCUGAAGCCUUCGCCCAAGACGUGGUAUAGGCGUCACCGCGAAUCCGAAGACGAGGUCAGCGCCAAGUCCAGGUUCAAGGGAUGCCUCGCGUGGUUCCCCAGCGUUUCGCUUGGCGCAGACCUUGCCUCGGCCCCCGAGCGGAACAACAAGAAGAGCCAAGCGAACGGGGUGCACCCGACGUCGACGCCGACGCUUGUGUACUCCUGGGGCGAGCACCUGCAUCUCCUCCGGGUGUCCGAGUCGAAGGUGAUCCAAACGGUGAAGGAUCCGAAAUCAGGCAAAAUCAACAAGGUCGAGGUAGGCCGCAUUGUCUUCGAGGAGGCCGGAAGUUGGAUGGCCAGCGACGACAUCCUUGCUCUGCAAUGGCUGAACGUCAAUCAAAUUAUUGUGCUGACCCAUGCCGGCUUCGAGAUCUACGACGUUCGCACGUGCAAGCUUGUCGAACGUGAACCGUAUGACGCAUGGUCAUUGGUCUCCCCCGUUCUCAGCCAUACCACCAAUGGUGCCAUCACGUACUCUGACGCAGUGUCAGAGGUCGCGCACAGUGUACGUGUAUACAAGGGCAAGAUCUUCCUCCUGGGACAACAUGGAGUGCAAGUCGGAACACUUCUCACCUGGGCAGACCGUAUCCUUCACUUCGUUGAGGAAGGCGAUUUUCUAAGUGCAAUCGAUCUGACGCGCUCAUACUACGUCGGCGACGCACCUGGAAACAGGAACGGUCUCCCCGAUGAUCCCGAGAAGCUCAGAGCGGUCGUUGGCCAGAAACUCCGCGACCUCAUGGUUGCUUCCGCGAGAUACGCUUUUUCCGAAGAGCGUCUGACGGACGGUACGCAUGUCACUCCCGACGGACGCGGCGUGGAUCGAACAGAGCUCUUUGAGGGCCUCGUCUCGACCUGCGCUCGGGCGUGCAGAGCUCUGGACGACUACGAGUUCUUCUUUGAGGACUUGUUCCAGUAUUACGACAACAACGGCAUUGCGGGGAUAUUCCUGUCGCAGCUGGAGCCUUUCAUGCUAGAUGGCGACAUUCGGCAUGUGCCACCUUGGAUAACGCAGCGGCUUGUGGCAUUACACGCGGAGGCAAAUCGUCCCGACCUCGUGGAGCGACUGAUUUGGCACAUUGACCCGGAAUGUCUCGACAGCAACCAGGCAAUCACCCUGUGCCAGCAGUAUCGUCUGUACGAUGCGCUUAUCUAUGUCUACACAAGGGCACUGCGAGACUACGUUGCUCCUGUAGUCGAGCUUCUGGGUUUGGUUCGCAGGGUGCAGCAGUACCGGAGGCAGCGCGCAGAGGGAUCACCAACCUCCUCGGGCUUCCUGGACGAGAAAGCGUUGGAACCUAUCAUCUUAAACGCCUACAAGAUCUACCCUUUCAUCGCGGACACUCUGACUGGACUCACGUAUCCAUCCGAGGAGCCGCUUCCAGAGGAUGAAGCUUUUGAGGCCAAGAACGCCGUCUACACCUUCCUCUUUUUCGGGCGCUCCAGCGUCUGGCCGGAGGGCGAAGGCGGGAAACUUGUCCUGACAUCUGAUGAGGAAAACGGCGUGGAGCCAACAUAUCCCUAUACCCGCCUCCUACUGCGCUUCGACCCAGAAGCGUUCCUGCAUACUCUGGAUUUGGCCUUCGAAGACGCGUAUCUCAACGACGACACACGCGGCGUCAGCCGUCUCGUCAUCGUCAAGAUCCUUCUCGAGAUCCUCGCCUCCCCGAAUCUCUCUCCCGAGGAACGGACAUUCGUACACAUCUUUAUUGCAAGGAACGUACCCAAAUACCCACAGUUCAUUCAGAUACAACCCAGCGCUCUGCACAACAUUCUGAUCGGACUUGCGGAGGACCCCGACACGAGUACGCGCGAAGACCGACAACUAGCUGCGGAGUUCUUGCUGUCUGCGUACACUCCGCACGAGAGCGAGCGGAUAUUGGAGUUGUUCAAGCAGGCGGGUUUCUACAGGAUACUGCGGUCUUGGUAUCGGCAGGAGAAGCGAUGGUCGGAGCUCAUUGCGACAUACCUCGAGGAUCCAGACCUACCUCGUUCUGACGUGUUUACUUCGAUCGAUGACGUUCUCGUGGUUGCGAAGAGGUCGAACAAAGGCAAGCUGUCCGAGAAUCUUGCCGAAACCCUGCAACAUUCCCUCCCUGCGCUCCUUGACGUCGACAUCUCAAGCACCGCAGCUCUCAUCGACGCGCACCUUCCAGCCGUUCAUGAAGUGGCUCUCGACGACUUGGGGUCUGAUUCUGAUCAAGAGCGCUUUAUUUACCUUCAGCAUCUCCUGCAACCUCCUCAGCCACACGAAGAGGAACAUGUCUUCCUCCCUCGCAAACCUUCCUCUCGUCCACCGGAUCUCCCUUUGCCGUUACGUCUUGCUUUCGUAUCAUUGCAUUGUCGCUUUGAGCCGUCUGGCAUAAUCGCUGCUCUCCGAUACCUCCCCAAAGAUUACCUCGACCAGUCGGAGACCAUUCGGAUAUGCGAAGAGCACGAGGUGUUCGACGCUGUUAUAUGGCUCAUCGACCGAGGAGGUGAUCCACGAGCUGCCCUCUCCAAGGCAGAUUCGUUCGAUCGACGUCUCUCUGCUCGAAUAGCAGACGCCCUCGCCACCAACGAUGAUAACUCCCAGGACCUGAUUUCGGAAGCGUUGCACAAGUUGGAAUCCAUCGCUGGGACUUCUAUAUCAAUAUGCCUGGAGCGCUCCCAGGUGGCCGCCUCCGCAGAGCUCCCGCUAGAGGAUCUCUGGUUCCAGCUCCUCAGCAGCCAGAUUGACUGUGUGCAGCGGGUAGCAAGCUGCUGUUCGCUCGAGGCCCUGGCCCCUUCAGAGGGCGUCCCAUCAGACGAUCCUCGCGUGCAGCGCGAGCAUGGCACGAUCUCUGCUCUGCGUUCUCUUGUCCACAAGACUUUCUCGUCGCUCAUGUCGGUCAGCUCGACACGCGCCGUCUCCUUCCCGCGCCUUUUCAAGCGGUUGGUCAGUUCUGCAUCUUCAUCAACCGGAAACGUCUCGAAGGGCACACUCUAUACCGAAUUCCGCACAAUCCUAACCGGUAUGCUCGAGUCGUUCCGCUCAGAGGGCGACAUGCUUGUCAUCACGAAGCACCUCGUCGACCGGGACGUCGCCGACACGAUAGCAGAGCUCGUCGGGGAGCGGACCAAGGGUUGGGCCCCUGCGCGAGGCGCCUGCAACUCGUGUGGGGUGGCGUUUGUCACCAAAAAACCUGUGGACAGCCAGGGGCAAGGGGAGGCUGCAGGGCCUGCGAGCGAGCCGGUCGUUGUAUCACGGACAGGGGCCAUAUACCAUACUAGAUGCUUACCGCUUGAUUUCCAUGCUAAUACUACCGUCAAUGUACAUUAA